AGUAGCUCAAAGCUAACAUUGAAAAUGUUUACGCGUUCGUUUUUGUGCUCUGCUUCGGGAAUUGUCACAUUUGUGCUGUUGCUCAAUGGCUGUGCCGGCAAACGCUCUUGGGAUUACGAGCCGCUGUCUGUUGAUGUCCAAACCUCGGAUCCAAAGAAAAUGAAUCUUGUGGCAAAAAUUGAUCGUGUGGGCCGCGGAGAAUAUGCCUUAACGGUCACAUUGGACUGGAACUACGAUACGGAUGAGACCACUAUUGUGGAGGCUGUGGCCUAUCGCAGCUCUUCGGGCAACCCCGAUGAAUAUGUUCUACUGCCGUGGUCUAUACCAAAGCAGACAUAUAAAAAGUAUACCGAUUCCUACUACAAGGACAUAGUUUUUAAAAAUCUCGGCCAGUGCUCGAAUCUACCACAGCCCGACAACGUUGAUCCCUGGCCCAGAAACAUCUACAAACUGGAGAAGUGUGUGAUCAGUGGCGAAGGUAUGCCCGAAAUAGCACCCGAGGGCUAUUACAAGGUCAUAUUCAGGGUGACCGGCGAGGUGGACUGGAGCUUUGAGUUCAUAGCCAAGUUAAGCACGAAACAAAAUGUCUUUGGUUGAGAGAAAAAAGUGAACAAGUUAGCAGCGUAUGCUAUUAACCAAAUCUUAACAACAAUUACAAGUUUUCCAAAUAAAAGUGGCCAAUAUUUAGAUGUAAAAGCAACUGGCAUAGAGCUCCGAUUUUG